UGUGGAAAAGACAAGGAUGAUGUUCCUGUUCCUGAUGCUAUUUCCAUGUCAAAAUGUCUUUUUUUUUGAAUGAAUGGCUUGAUCAUUAUUUUCAUGGGUUUUCAGAAAAUUCUAGAGUUUAUUACGACAUGCAUAUUGGUGUUGCUUUCUUAAAAGGUCGUAUGUGUGUGAGAGAGAGAGAGAAAAAAAAAGGAAAGGUUGAUAUUCAAGCAUAGAUAAAGGAAAAGAGGUAUCAAGCGUGAUUACACAAAAAAGAAAAAAAGUCAGAGAAGGCCCCCUAUACU